UGUUUAGCAAAGCUGGACCUGAUAGUACCAUGCUCUGAAUUUUUCUAGUUGACUCUUCAUCGCUGAACAAUAGACGGCGAUGUAUUCGUGUGACGUCGUUGUGUUAUCCGCUAAUUCACGCAGAGAAGAAGAAAAGCAUGCCUUCUUCCGUUAUGCUACGGAUGCUAACAAGCUAACACACUGGGCCUCCUCGUCAACGGGAGGUUUGAAACAGCUGCUAAUAUUUGUGGAGUUAUCGCUAUUAAAAGACAAAGGACCCCUACAAGAAGAUAGUUGAAAUGGGAGACCCUGCUUUUCAUCGAGACUGUCCUCUUGACUGCAAGGUUUAUGUAGGGAAUCUGGGAAACAAUGGAAAUAAGACAGAGCUGGAAAGAGCUUUUGGGUACUAUGGUCCUUUAAGAAGUGUUUGGGUUGCCAGGAAUCCUCCAGGUUUUGCUUUUGUGGAGUUUGAAGAUCCUAGAGAUGCAUCUGAUGCUGUGCGAGAACUGGAUGGCAGGACCAUGUGUGGGUGUCGAGUGCGUGUUGAGUUGUCUACUGGAGAAAAACGGUCUCGGAGCCGUGGUCCUCCUCCAUCUUGGGGUAGACGCCCUCGGGAUGAUUAUAGGCGCCGGAGUCCUCCAGUCAGACGCAGAUCACCAAGAAGGAGGAGCCUGAGUCGCAGUCGCAGCAGGUCUCUUUCAAGAGAAAAACGCAGAUAUCGAUCUCUGUCUAGAGAUAAGAACCGUAAGAGGUCAAGAUCUUUCUCACGAUCAAGAAGUCGGUCCAGGUCUAACGAAAGGAAAUGAAGAUCCUGGAUAGUUCUGCUGGAACACGCUAUGGCUGUGAAAAGUGUUUUUUUUUUAAGUCAUGUUAGAUUUUUUUGUAAGUUUAAGGCAGCCAAUCAGUGGCCAAGUUAUACUUCUGUCCUUUAUGUGAACAACAAAGGAUUGAAACGUUUUCAUUUCGUCAGCUGCCAUGGCAAGAUUUCACAUUUAACUUUUUUUUUCUUUCAUUCAGAGAAAUCUGUCUUGCCCUGCAUGUUUUGAAACUGAAUACUGCAUUUAAACUGUGACAUGUUUUUUUUAAACUGUGGAAUUAAAGUCUCGUGAUGUUUUUGUUUCUCAUCUUUUAUUCUUGGUUUAAUUUGUUUAUUUCAAUAGUUCACUGUAAGAUGCAGUAGUGGGAGUGUACCUUUUAUCAUUAUAAAUACUGGUGCUGUUAUGUGUGAGCUAUCUCGAAAUCUUCAUCUGUUAUGCUGUAUUUUACCCACUAUUUGCCACUUUGGCAAAAACUGCAUUUACCUCCUGCUUUGCUUGACAAUUUGUGAUGAUGCAGCUGAACUUGUUCAAUAAAUGUUUUUCUUAAGUGA